CGCAACGCAGGAGCCAAUCAUGUUGCAGCGGGGCGUGUCCUGCCUGGAAACUACGUGGGAAUCCUAAUAACACUGAGGCCUUUGGUGAUAACCCGAAGCGGGUGGUCUUUUGGUGACAUAUAAACAUUGGAUUUUAUCAGUAAAAGAAUGGAUGGGUCAAAAGAGAGCUCUGCGUUUAAAUGUGUGCCUGAAAGACUGACACUCGGCGUCACUCGAAUCCUUGAAAAUAUGCCUGGUGUUGUCGAUGUGCGGCUCGUACAGAGGGAGUCUGCUGAGAAAAGGAGUCUGCUGUCAUGGGAACAGAAAAAUAAUUGUAUUUUACCAGAGGACCUACGAGAUUUUUAUCUGACAACUGAUGGCUUUACACUUACUUGGAACGUCAAACUAGACAAUGAAUGUGUUCCCUUAGGAUGCAUGACAAUUAGGAGCGUGGGCAGGUUGCAGCCUCUUCUCCAGCCAACGCAAGUUUUCUCUCUCCCAAAUGCACCGUCACUGGCUGACCUAGACUGGGAGGAGAGCAGUGCAGAAUGUGGGUUGGCAAAUGCUUUCACUCCUCCACAUUUUGAUUCUCGGAGUCGCAUCUUUGAGUUGGAUUCAUGUGGUGGGAAUGGCAAGGUGUGCUUGGCAUACAAAAACACCACCCCAGGUGCUGUAGCCCAGCAGAGUGAAAUUUGGUUUCUCGAUCGCUCGCUUUGCUGGCAUUUCUUAAGCGCAACCUUCUCCUCCUACUACCGCCUCAUGAUCACUCACCUUGGACUGCCUGAGUGGCAGUAUUCCUUCACACCUUAUGGCCCCAGUCCACAAGCCAAGUGGGCAUCGCUGUACCAGCCGCUGACCUCCAGGCGUGAAUUCAGCCUGAAUCAUUCUGCUGGCGACUCCCACCUUAACAAGUUAGAUCCCAUAAAAGCCUUUAAAGCCAAAGCCAAGGUGACCACCCCUAAGAAGAAGCCAUCCGCGCCAUGCACCCUCCCGAGCAAUGCCAAAAGUCAAGGCAGCAGUGGAAGACCUGGUGUAGUGAAACGGUAGAUCUUGUUGAGGACAAUAUUUCAUCCAAUUGUCCUGUCAUUGUUUUCAGAAAGUAUUUAAAAACUAAAUGUGUGAGGUGAGACUCUGUCACAAGAGUCAAUGCUCACAGCUUCAUUUAAGAGAUUCUGGAGCGAUUGUUGUUGUAAAUAUUACAAUUUUGAAUGUAUUGUAUCAAUUAUGAUAUAUCAAAAAUAAAAUAAAGUAACUAUAACACUUUUGACUGUAAAAUGUAAGGUAUUGGGGCGAUUGAAAAUAAAAUUUGGCUGUUAUUC